GUGGACCACAAAGAGAAGGCGGCCUGGGCCACGCCUGCCCUUACUAGGGAAAAAUGGAGACCAGUUGGAGCAAACUGGCUCUGCCUAAAGCAGCCCCACCCUGCGCCGGCAGAGCAGAAGGCCCUCCCCAGCCCGGGGCCUUCCUCCUCUGAGGCGCGCGGGGCUAGCGGUUGUAUCCCGGUUGGCGGAUGGGUCGGGGCCGGGAGUCUCGCUCGCUGUCUCGUUCGUGUUCACGUUCGCGCUCCCCCGGCUCCAGAAGCCGGAGGCGGCGAUGGAGCAGAAGCCGGAGCCGGAGCCGGAGCCGGAGCUGGAGCCGCAGUCGCGAUGGACGGCGGCGACGCGAGAACAGCGAGGGGCGAAAGAGGCGGCGACGACGGAGCAGGGAGCGCAGCCGGGAGCGGAGAGCGGGAUCAGAUUCUGAGGAAGAGCGACAUAGGAGGAAAUCAAAGAAAUAUCAGACCUCUGAAAGGAACCGUAGAAGCCCAAGAAAGCCACGGCCCCGAUCUCGGGAGCCUUCCCAGUCAGAUUCUGGAAGUGAGCCACAGAGGGGCCACAGGAACACACACAGGAGGAGGCAUCAUGAUUCCAGAUCAUCCACCUCCUCAGCAUCUUCUAUAUCCCCUUCACCACCCCGCUCUCAGAGCCCUCAAGAGGCCCUAGACAAGAAAUUGAGCCUCCAGGAGCGACGGAGGCUAAAGGAAGAGAAAAAGCAGCAGGAAGAGUUGAUGAAGGCCUUUGAGACACCAGAGGAGAAACGGGCCCGGAGACUGGCAAAGAAGGAGGCCAAAGAACGGAAGAAGAGAGAAAAGAUGGGCUGGGGUGAAGAGUAUAUGGGCUACACCAAUACUGACAACCCCUUCGGAGACAAUAACCUGCUAGGAACAUUCAUAUGGAACAAGGCACUGGAGAAGAAGGGCAUCAGCCACCUGGAAGAGAAGGAGCUGAAGGAGAGAAACAAAAGAAUCCAGGAGGACAAUCGACUAGAAUUGCAGAAGGUGAAGCAGCUGCGCUUGGAGCGGGAGAGGGAGAAAGCCAUGCGUGAACAAGAGCUGGAGAUGCUGCAGAGGGAGAAGGAGGCAGAGCACUUCAAAACAUGGGAGGAACAGGAAGACAACUUCCACCUUCAGCAGGCCAAACUUCGUUCUAAAAUUCGAAUAAGGGAUGGACGAGCCAAGCCCAUCGACCUCCUAGCCAAGUACAUAAGUGCAGAGGACGAUGACCUGGCUGUGGAGAUGCAUGAGCCCUAUACCUUCCUCAAUGGCCUCACCGUUUCAGACAUGGAAGACCUCCUGGAGGAUAUACAGGUAUACAUGGAAUUGGAACAGGGCAAGAAUGUAGAUUUCUGGAGGGAUAUGACCAUCAUUACAGAGGAUGAGAUCUCCAAACUCCGCAAGCUUGAGGCAUCUGGAAAGGGGCCAGGAGAGCGUCGAGAAGGAGUAAAUGCCUCUGUUAGUUCUGAUGUGCAGUCGGUAUUCAAAGGAAAGACCUACAAUCAGCUCCAGGUGAUCUUCCAGGGCAUCGAGGGCAAGAUCCGGGCAGGGGGGCCCAACCUGGAUAUUGGCUACUGGGAGAGCCUGUUGCAGCAACUCAAGGCGCACAUGGCCAGAGCCAGGCUCCGUGAGCGUCAUCAGGAUGUACUUCGGCAGAAACUGUACAAGCUCAAACAGGAGCAAGGUGUUGAGAGCGAACCCCUGUUCCCCAUCCUCAAGAAAGAGCCAUCAUCUCCUAGCGAAAGGUCAGAGCCUGAAGAACGAGGUCAGGCCCAAGUGGGGCCCUCCACCUCAGGAGCCUCAGAGGAGCCAGAAGCUGAAGGGGAGGCCAGAGCCAAGGGCGAGGGGGAGGGGGAAGGUGAGGGUGAGGGGGAGGCCGUGCUAAUGGAGGAAGAUUUGAUCCAGCAGAGCCUGGAUGACUAUGACGCUGGCAAGUACAGCCCCAGGCUGCUCAGCACCCACGAGCUGCCCUUCGACGCGCAUGUGGUGGAGUCAGAAGAGGAUCUUCAGCGCCUGUUGCUUUCCCGGCAGCAGCUGCAGGCCACAGGAGAUGCCAGUGAGAGUGCAGAAGACAUCUUCUUCCGCCGGGCCAAGGAGGGUAUGGGGGCAGAUGAGGCCCAGUUCAGUGUGGAAAUGCCCCUCACAGGCAAAGCGUAUCUGUGGGCGGACAAAUACCGGCCCCGGAAGCCUCGCUUCUUCAACCGUGUCCACACUGGCUUUGAGUGGAACAAGUACAAUCAGACCCACUAUGACUUUGACAACCCCCCACCAAAGAUUGUGCAAGGCUACAAGUUUAACAUCUUUUACCCAGACCUGAUAGACAAGCGUUCCACACCGGAGUACUUCCUGGAGGCGUGCCAGGACAACAAGGACUUUGCUAUCCUGCGCUUCCAUGCCGGACCCCCCUACGAGGACAUUGCCUUCAAGAUUGUCAACCGGGAGUGGGAGUAUUCGCAUCGGCACGGCUUCCGCUGUCAGUUUGCCAAUGGCAUCUUCCAGCUCUGGUUCCACUUUAAGCGCUACCGCUACCGGCGGUAGGGUUUCCCGUCCCCAAGCUGUGGCCUCUGAAAGAGGGUGGGACAUGAGGGUAUUGUUCUUCUUCCUUUUUGAAACCCUCCUUUGUACCUAAGCCUGAUAUCAAAGUUUCUUCAGGACUACUUUCAGCUAAAUAAAAGCAGUUUUGGAGUAAAGAUUCCAUGAGUUCCCUUUCCCCAGCACGUGUCGGAGUUCUGGUCUGCUGCACUCAGGCUGCUGGUCAUUCCCCUGCCACUAGGUGGCAGCUUCACUUCCCAGAUGGCGACAUCUGCUGCAUCAACACAGUUUAACUGAAGACUUUUUUUAUUCUCAGGCCUUUGCUGGUCUGAACUACGGGGGGUAUAGGGAAAGGGGAACAUGUGAAAUGGCAGAGCAGGAAGGACUUUAAAGGCACAAUGUCAGUGCUGAAAGAAGGCUCAGGCGAAACAGUGCCAGUGCUGGAAGAGACCUCGGAGAGGGCUUAAGCUGGGUCCACUGAUCCCCAGGGAGUCCAUGGACAGAUUUCAGGGGGUCCAUGAGUUUGGAUGGGUUAGGGGGAAAUACUGCAUCUUUGUUUUCACUGACCUCUAACUGAAACUUAGUAUUUCCUUCAGUUAUUUAAAAACACUGUUCUAAGAGGGGUCCACAGACUGCUCAAGGAGUUUGACACAAAAAGGUUAAGAACCCAGGCCUCGAAGAUGUUCAAAUUAGUGUUGAAACACGGACCAGAACCAAUAUUUCCAUUUCCCAGUCCUUGUUCUUUUCACUGUGCCAUGCUUCUCUGUUUGUGUAGACCUCAUGAUCUAGUUAGGGAACAUAGGUGAAACUGAAUAGCAAAAGACGUUUUAUCAUUUAUUUUAUAGGCUGCAGCCAUGGAGUACUCUAGGUGAUCCAAGAAAAGGAGAAAUUGCAGUUGGAGUAUUCGAAGAAGGCUUUAAAUUAGGCCCUGAAGGAUGAGUAGAAUAGUGUAAGAAAUGCCAUUUGAAACCAGCUUUACAUCCCUGACAGCACAGAAGUCUAUGUAAUGAAGGCACUUCAGGGUGCAUUGUGGGGCAGUACUUGAUGGGGAAGGUAACAAAAUGUGGUGGAAGGAACAUUGGACUGCCAUGGAGAUCCAGGAGACCUAGCCUCUAACCCUGCUUCUGUCGUUCAUUUGCUGUGAGACUGGGCAAGUUACUGAGCUUCAUCUCCAUCUGGGUGGUCUCCAAAAUUCCUCCCAAUCAAUAAACAUUUAUUAAACUCC